UCCGGCGGGGCGAAGGGGGCAUGGCGGCGGCUCCGGGCGGAGGCUGCUCGGGCUCGGGCUCGGGCUCGGGCUCGGCCGCGGGCCCUGCUGCGGCUGCGCGACCCAAGGUGGCCCCGAGCGUGGACUUCGACCACAGCUGCUCGGACAGCGUGGAAUACCUGACCCUGAACUUUGGGCCCUUCGAGACUGUGCAUCGAUGGCGCCGCCUCCCUCCUUGCGACGAGUUCGUGGGGGCCAGGCGCAGCAAGCACACCGUGGUGGCCUAUAAAGACGCCAUCUACGUGUUCGGAGGCGACAAUGGAAAGACGAUGCUGAACGACCUGCUGCGCUUUGAUGUCAAGGACUGCUCCUGGUGCAGGGCUUUCACCACGGGGACCCCGCCAGCCCCCCGCUAUCAUCACUCCGCCGUGGUCUACGGGAGCAGCAUGUUUGUGUUUGGUGGCUACACUGGAGACAUUUACUCCAACUCCAAUCUGAAGAACAAGAACGACCUGUUUGAGUACAAGUUUGCCACCGGGCAGUGGGCGGAGUGGAAGAUCGAGGGGCGGUUACCCGUGGCGAGGUCGGCGCACGGGGCGACUGUGUACAGUGACAAGCUGUGGAUCUUUGCGGGUUAUGAUGGCAACGCGCGGCUCAAUGACAUGUGGACCAUCGGCCUUCAGGACCGAGAACUGACCUUCUGGGAGGAGAUCGAGCAGAGCGGCGAGAUCCCGCCUUCCUGCUGUAACUUCCCCGUGGCCGUCUGCAGGGACAAGAUGUUUGUGUUCUCGGGGCAGAGCGGGGCGAAGAUCACCAACAGCCUCUUCCAGUUCGAAUUCAGAGACAAAGUCUGGACUCGGAUUCCCACGGAGCACCUGCUGCGGGGCUCGCCGCCCCCUCCCCAGCGAAGGUACGGGCACACGAUGGUGGCCUUCGACCGGCACCUGUAUGUCUUUGGGGGCGCGGCCGAUAACACCCUCCCCAACGAGCUUCACUGCUACGACGUGGACUUCCAGACCUGGGAGGUCAUCCAGCCGAGUCCCGACAGUGAGUUGCCCAGUGGGAGGCUGUUCCACGCGGCAGCCGUCAUCUCGGACGCCAUGUACAUAUUUGGGGGCACAGUGGACAACAACAUUCGCAGCGGUGAAAUGUACAGAUUCCAGUUCUCCUGUUACCCCAAGUGCACGCUGCAUGAGGACUACGGCCGCCUGUGGGAGAGCCGCCAGUUCAGCGACGUGGAGUUCAUCCUGGGGGAGAAGGAAGAGCGGGUCCGAGGGCACGUAGCCAUCGUCACCGCGCGCUGUAAGUGGCUGCGGAAGAAGAUCAUGCAGGCCCGGGAGCGUGGGCGCCAGAAAUCGAAGCUGGAGCCUGAGGAGGAGGGGCCCGGGACUCCGGGCGGAAAGCCGCCCUUCCUGCUGGAGGUGGCCAUCCGUGAGGCCGAGGCGCAGCCCUUCGAGGUGCUCAUGCAGUUCCUGUACACGGACAAGAUCCAGUACCCACGCAAAGGGAACGUGCAGGAGGUGCUGCUCAUCAUGGACGUGUACAAGCUGGCCCUGAGCUUCAAGCUGAGCCGCCUGGAGCAGCUCUGCCUGCAGUACAUCGAGGCCUCGGUGGACCUGCAGAACGUGCUCACCGUGUGCGAGAACGCCAACAAGCUGCAGCUGGACCAGCUCAAGGAGCACUGCCUGAACUUCGUGGUCAAGGAGUCCCACUUCAACCAGGUGAUCAUGAUGAAGGAGUUCGAGCGCCUGUCGUCCUCCCUGAUCGUGGAGAUCGUGCGCAGGAAGCAGCAGCCGCCCGUCCGGGCCCACUCGGAGCAGCCCGUGGACAUCGGGACCUCGCUGAUCCAGGAUAUGAAGGCUUGCUUGGAGGGGGCCGGCACGGACUUCUGUGACAUCACCCUGCUCCUGGACGGUCACCCCCGCCCAGCCCAUAAGGCCAUUCUGGCCGCCCGCUCCAGUUACUUUGAAGCCAUGUUCCGGUCCUUCAUGCCGGAGGACGGUCAGGUCAACAUCUCCAUCGGGGAGAUGGUGCCCAGCAAGCAGGCCUUCGAGUCCAUGCUGCGCUACAUCUACUACGGGGAGGUGAACAUGCCCCCGGAAGACUCUCUCUACCUCUUUGCCGCGCCCUAUUACUACGGCUUCUACAACAACCGGCUCCAGGCCUACUGCCGGCAGAACUUGGAGAUGAACGUGACGGUGGAGAACGUGCUCCAGAUUUUAGAGGCUGCCGACAAGACGCAGGCGCUGGACAUGAAGAGGCACUGCCUGCACAUCAUCGUGCACCAGUUCACCAAGGUUUCCAAGCUGCCCAACCUCCGGGCCCUGAGCCAGCCGCUGCUCGUGGACAUCAUCGAGUCUCUGGCCACGCACAUUUCCGACAAGCAGUGUGCCGAGCUGGGCUCCGACAUAUGACGUCCCCGCGGGGGCCCAGCUGAUCGGCGGUUGUCGGCACCCCGGGGCGGCCUGGGCAGAAGCGCCGAGGGAUGCUCGGAGGGACCGGGGCAAGGGAGCCGGCAGGUGGAGACCCCCUCGCUGGGCUGUGGAACAGAUCUGCACUUAAGGGACCACCUCCUUGUGCCGGAGCUCCCUGUGCACAAGGCCCCGGCCUCUCAGGACCGACUGACCGAGCCUCUGCCCAGAGCGUGGACGGAGACGUUUUAAGAGACCAAAAGUCCUCCCCUGAAAGACCAUUUGGGGCAGUUUUGUACCUUGGCACUCCUCACCCUAUAAGAUGUGCCCAUCUCCCCUCUCUGAGCCUAGGAGGAAGGCUGGGUGGUUGGCAGCCUGGCUGGUCCCCUGUCCUGGGGGUAUCAGGCCCGGGCUUAUGCUCACCAGAGCCCAGCUGUCACCCUUGGUGUGUUUGUGGGUGACCAGCCCCUCCACACUUUACUGUCCUGUACUGGCGGGCACAUGCCGCUCUACCUGGGAGGCCCAUGGGGGGUCCCAGGUGCCGAUGCUGCCCGUUCUCAUCCUUCCAGGCCAGUGGCAUUUGUCCCUCCUGGGCCUUCCUUCUCAGGACUGAGAUCUACACAGAGCCCCAUGGCUCCUGGGCCAUUGACAUGGAGAGGUGGCGGUGGUCACUGACCAGCCUCUGCCAGGAGCAGCCCUUGGGUGCCCUCUGGCCCUGGGGCCCCUCGGCUUUAGCUCCAAGGGGCCGAGUUAUUAUAAUAUCCCCAUUUCAUCCACAAGAAAGGGCACUUGGCCAGCCCUCUGGUGAGAGCUGGCCCACCCAUGAGCAGCCCUGACCUCGAGGCCAGAGUCUGCCUUCGGGAGGGCUCCAGGCGGUCUGCACUGGCCCACUGGGCUGUGGUCAGUGGUUAUCAAGUUUACAAAACAUGCAAGGAGCCACCAUGGCAGAGCCAUGUGCCCCUGCUGCCCGGUGUUAGGAACGAUGAGCAAAUGCACUUGUUACCCUAUGGCCCGGGCUCCCAAACUGGGGGGAAAAAAUGAAUUUGGGCCUUUGGGCUUAAUUGAGACUUGUUCUCCGAAUAAAUAAAUCUGAAAAGAGAA